GCCGGCCACGACCAGGGAUGGCUGUGCAUCCCGACGCCUCUCUUCUCCAUUGAUCCCCCAUCUCCUCAAGGUGAAUCUUCUCCAGAAGGUACCCCUCUCCUCCCCAACGAGUACUCGCUUCCUUACAGGCAGGGGCGGAUCCACCAUGGGACAUCGGUGUACAGAUGCACAUCCAAAUUCUUUUGCCAAAAAUUCAUAUAUAGGUAUGUACUUUUUAUAUGACAGAAAUACUAGCUUAUAGGCUCAGUUCAGAGCAGCCCAAUAGCCGGCAACAAACCGGCAAACCAGCCACUUUUGUGUUGAACGCACACGACAGAGUGAACGAUGAUACUGUGAACUGAAUGUCUAGCUGCUAUUCAGAUUCAUUGUGAAAUCCCAACUGAAUGUGUAGCUGCUAUUCAGAUUCAGAGAGAAAAAUGUGUAGAUGACACUGAGUGAGGAUCUGCUUGAUUUCAUUAGCAGGAAAGAAUAUAAUUAUCUUUGAAUUGUAGGCAGUAGAGCAUGUCUUGAAUUAUCUUUGAAUUGUAAGUUGUAGAUGACACCUGGUUAAGCUUGCACACCUUUUUUCUAUGGAUUUUACGGAGGAAGAUUUGAUGCAUAACUUGAUUACAUUAAUUGGGACGGAAUUCUUUUUUCAAGUGAACGAUGAUGUUGUCAUAUCUCGUCCUUAAGCCAUGACAUAUUGUAGUUUUCUCCUUCUAUUUUGUAAUUUUCUUAAUCUUUUCAGAUAUUGUUGCUAUUGUGAAAUUCGUAUUGCUGUGAACCAAUUGGCUUGACUAUUAGGGUGCAAAAAAAAAAGAGCACUCAAUAUUGAAUUUCUGGAUCCGCCACUGCUUAUACAUGCACGUAGUAUGGGCUGGCCGUCAGGGUCCUGACACGGGCUCUCCUUGUCCUGAUCUGAUCUUGAUGCUACUCGGUCAAUCUAUGAUGUUUGUUUCCUGUGUUUACAUGGCAGAGUGGUUGCUGCACUCGCUUUUGGAUGUGGAUGCAAGUUGGGAACUCAUUCAGUGAUUUGAGGGUGCAGGUAGAGAUGAUGCUGCGGAUGGGAUGGAAAGAUGCGUGUGUGCUAGCUGCCAUUGCAGGGACUUUCUAUUUUUGGAUAGUCCAGCGUCUUAUUACGAAUCUGAUAGUACUAUCUGCCACACAUACACCAUGUUACGAAUCUAUUUACAUGCGACUCAGAGAAAGAAUUGCUUUGCAGGUACACACUUGCUGCUAACUGAUGUAUUGAACUUUCAAGGAUUUUGAUUGGUCGCCCAAAUAACCCAUUCUCCUUUUGUUGAUAUUUAUGAAGGAGAUCAUUAUUUCUCUUUUAGUUUCAGGUUGCCAACAUCACGAAUUUCAUACUUAUGGAGUGGAGCCACCAAACUAUUUAUGAGGAAAUAUGUUGAAGCACCGAAUAUAUUCCAUUUGCAGUGGACAAACAGAACAACACAACACAUAAGUAGAGGAAAGACAUGGUUGCUCUUGCUUCAUCUAAAUAGGCCGUCUGGAAUGCCAUGAGACCAGGUUGCACUAUCAUUUUGAAUUUGUUUACUAACACCACAAAUACCACAUCCUCGCUAAACGACAGAGGUUGCUAGCAACUGCACGUGGAAAGAUUGAAUGUGAUAUUCUGUCUACUAAUCGUGUAUUACUAAAUCUACAUAUUGAUGACUUUUUAAUUAAACAACAGAUAGUAUUGUCCCCAGUUCUGCUUGAUUUGAUUUUUAUUUCCCAUCAGUUUUGUGUUUUGUCAGAGAAUGGUUUUUCUUUACCUACGGUAGUCCCUGUACUCAGGUAAGUCCUUUUGCAUCAUUUCACUAUUGGUUCUGUCGUAAUUGUAUUAGAUUGGGAUUGCAACAUGUGGGCUCCAACAAACAUAAUUUCAAAAUUGCACGUUAUUUCUAUGACAUAAAACUAAAUGAGAUAUCACUCAACUCACAUGAACUUUGGAUAACAUUGUAGUUAAACAUUGAUUACUUGCAAUGCAUUAGCAACCCCAAAAUGUUAGAACUGAAUCUUGAACGCUUGUAAUAAAAUUUUACCAUCCUCAAGAAUUUAAAGAGAAAGAAAGGUUUGCACUUACAUUCCUGUUAGUCCACUGCCAAUUCAUAGUUUGUUAGGAUUUCUGGGAUCCUACAUUUUGACUAUUUAGCUGAUCCCAAGUUAUUUAUAUAGUUUUAUACCAUUACAUCAGAUCUUUUUGGUUGCACGUAUUAAUUUACUGGUUGUGUACCGGAAGCAAUUUACUGACUUGUGUAGUAUUUAGCUGAUCCCAGGUUAGGCUUUUAAGUUUUCUCUCAUUACACCAUUGCAUUUUACAAUUUUGUAGCUAAAAGUUUCCAUUAAAUUGGUGCCCGUAUUAGAGGGAGGCAUCGGUUAACUAAGCAUAUCGUCGCACGUAUAGAGACCUCCAGUCCAGCAUGUCAAGGUUGCUCUGCGCAGGCUCGAUUAGAGGGGGCAUGGACUUUAUUAAGAACGAGUGAGUGCCGUCCUGUAUCAAGUGCAUGUCAUGGGUUUGAUAAUAUCUUAAAGAAUCAAUUUGUACUACAUUGUUCGCUGGAGGUAGCAUCACGAUGGCACAAAAUUAAGGACUCAUGAAUGGGUGUGUCUAAAAAUUUAUCAACUAUUCUGUUGUUCCAUAAAUCGUUAGUUUACCGAAAAAGGAAGGAGCUACCAUCGCGGUUUGAUUGCGUUCAUCUUGGACUAAUCAUGAUCAAUUUGAUGAGGCCUCCAUCAGUUUCGUAUAGGUUGUGCUAAGGAUUCAACAAAUUAUGAGAAACCUGACGUCGAAAGAUAGUGAUAGACCAUCGGAUGAAGUUUACUAUAUGUUUUUGUCUUUACCAUGUUUUUUCUUAUACCAUGUUGAUUUUCAAAUAAAGUGCAAGUUGUGAAUGAAAGAGUAGACAUUUUCUUAUUUAUGUCAAAUUUUGCAACAAUUUUUUUUGCCUUACCAAUCAUACGGUGUGGGUGCUCACCGGCGCUGGGGCUGAGGUUCUGCGAAUUCUUGUUUAGGGAUCCGAUGGAGAGCUCGGAUAUGGCAUCGCAGCCGUUGAGCGACAGGGUCACGCCGAAGCUCCUCCUUGGCUGCACGGAUUGCGUCACUGUCAUGCCGGGCGAGCCGCAGACUGGAUCCGGAAAGACAUAUACGACGGGUACCAAUUAUACUGGCGAAGCUGAUCGUGGAGGAAUAUUUGCACCUCUCAUGGAGACGAUAUUCAGGAAAUCUGAUGCGAUGAACCGUCAUACAGAGUUCUUAAUUAGGGUAUCCUUCAUCGAGAAGUGGCAGAGCCUGCUAGAGUGCCUAUUCAGAUUCGACAAAACUUCAAAUGGAAGCAUUACACUUGCUGGCGUGAUGGAGGCUGAGGUCAAGUCAAAAGAAGAUAUGGGCCAUAUGGCCGUGCACUUGGCACGAGGAUCUUUGUCACGCGCAACUGAAAGUACAAACAUACAUAGCCAGGCAAGGUAAGUCGCAUAUACUGCUAUAGCUGGGAGCCGACGCAGAGGCCCCGACUCCUCCACGUAGCUGCGCUAACCUGUAUUUCACAGCUAUGGACUCCUAAAGUCCUAAUGACUUUUGUUUGCAAUUGCUAUGUUCCCUGUUGGGUUUUAGAUUGGACCCUAAUGAUUAGAUUUUUAUUUUAGCUAGGUGAUUACAGAUCAACAGGAUGCAUGCAUACGCAAGGUUAGGGUAGUUCUAGGGAGAUCUAUCGAGUUUCAGAAAUAAAUGUUCAUAUAAUCAAAUUUCAGGAUUGUUCAUCUUCAUAGGUUAAUUCGUGAACUCUAUUUUAUAGGUUCACUUCUUACAUAGGGACAAAGUAGGUGUCACAAUCCUGAACCCCCUGUUCAUGUUGGGUCUUCAAGGAGCUUACUUAGCUUGACCUUGUGGUUUUGAUCUCGUGAAUCACAAGCUAACAAUAAUCUGUUGUAUGACUAUAGUGGAUCCUUUAAAAA